UAUCCAACUCCACCCUAGCAGUACACCUGUCAUAUUCUCAUUGGCUAAUUCUUCAUCUCUUUCACGCGUUUUCUAUUUAUAAAAACCCUAGAAUCCGCUUCUUUUCCGUCUCCUCCUCCGAUCAUUCACAAUCCGCCCUAUCAAUCAAGGUAUAUAUUAAGUAAUAGAAAUGGCAUCAACCGAAGCUUCACGUGAGGACAAUGUGUACAUGGCCAAGUUGGCAGAGCAGGCCGAACGAUACGAAGAAAUGGUCGAGUUUAUGGAAAAGGUCGUGAAGAUCGUUGACUCUGAGGAGUUGACCGUGGAGGAAAGGAAUCUUCUUUCUGUGGCUUACAAGAACGUGAUCGGAGCCAGGAGGGCAUCAUGGAGGAUCAUAUCUUCUAUCGAGCAGAAGGAAGAGAGCCGUGGGAACGAAGAUCAUGUCAAGCUAAUUAAGGAUUAUAGGGCGACAAUCGAGACCGAACUAAGCAAAAUUUGUGACGGCAUUUUGGCUCUUCUGGACUCACAUUUGGUUCCAUCUGCAUCAACUGCAGAGUCAAAGAUCUUUUACUUGAAGAUGAAGGGUGAUUACUUUAGAUACUUGGCUGAGUUUAAGACUGGUGCUGAUAGGAAGGAAGCUGCUGAGAGCACUUUAUUAGCUUACAAAUCUGCUCAGGAUAUUGCUCUAUCUGACUUGGCUCCUACUCACCCGAUACGGCUUGGGCUUGCACUUAACUUCUCAGUGUUUUAUUACGAGAUCCUCAAUUCACCUGACCGUGCUUGCAACCUUGCCAAACAGGCAUUUGAUGAAGCUAUUGCUGAGCUGGAUACAUUAGGUGAGGAUUCAUACAAGGACAGCACACUGAUCAUGCAACUACUCCGUGACAAUCUCACUUUGUGGACAUCUGAUAUUGCGGAUGAGGCUGGUGACGAGAUCAAGGAAUCUGCAAAAGCAGAGGAAACACAAUGAUUGGUCUACAUGAGUUUUUUAGGAAGCAAUUGUGUGUACUUUAUUAUUAUAGCUGUUCUGUUCUGAAUGAGGACGGAAUGAUUUGCACAAUCGUCGGGUUUUCAAGUAGUUGUGGCUUCCUGAUUGUUAUCUGCGUAAAACUUUGAAUUCGUUUUUUCAGUUAAUCAGAUUCUGGAUCAUUGUGUUUCUAGAGCUG